GGAGACGAGGGAUCCCACCUCGCUGCCCGUCUGGCAGCGCGACUUCGGCUUCGGAAUGAAGGUGCUGUGGAACACAAUGAAAGACUACCGGAAGCUGGGGACCAAGAAGUUCUGGAAGGUGCGCGUGAUCGAGUCUAAGGAGAAUGGUUGUUUGGUCGAGAUGCUGAACUCUGGCCUCAUCGGCUUCUGCCCGGCCGGCCGGGAGAGCUGGAAAGGAGAGAGGCUGAACGUGGGCGACGAGGUAAUGAUGGAGUGCAGCGCCUGUCCCACCAGACGGCUCACGAUGGGCGAGGCGAAGCAGUAUCGCUUCGCCAGGGACGCUCCUCCUGGAGGUUCUGGCAAUAUUGUCGCGUUCCCCGAAAUGAAAGAAGAGACGCGCAUCUUCGAAGAGACUGGCAGGGUCAUGCCUUUUUUCACCCACCUCACGUGGAUCCAGGCGAAGGCGAAUAAGUAUAAGGCCAGGAGGCUGAAGUCGGGCAUGGUGAUCGAUGCUGAGAUCUGGAGGUACGAGCAGCGGGGGAUGCUACUGCGGCUGGAUACGAGAGGAACGCCUGGCAUCUGGAAUGGCUCGCCCGGACCCAACGGUUUCAUGCAGUACAAGGACCUGUCGAGGGGCGUGGUGUCCAGGGACUACUGCAAGAAGAUGUUCCCCAUUGGCACCCGGCUCAAGGUGUACGUGAUUGCCGCGGACCCCAGGAACGGGCGCAUCGACCUCUCCUGCAAGGAGUUCGAGGACGACGACCACGUCGGCUGGAUGACCAGCUUCCCGGAUCGCAUCAUGGCCAACUGGCAGCAAGGUC